AUGGCGGAGGAGAUUAUGAAGUUGGCGAAUGCCAACGGCCAGAACAACAACCCAGCGGACCCGGCAACCAAGAAGAAGGACUCGGGGCCGGACCUGUCGGAGUACGGCUACAACCGCGUUUCCGUGAUUGGCCGCGGACAGUACGGCAUCGCGCAGCUGGUCAGCCGCUGCGGGGAGCCGAACGUGCAACUGGUCGCCAAGUCGGUGCAGGUGGACGCGCUCAACGAGCACGAUCAGAAGCUGGCGCAGCAGGAGGUCCAGCUGCUGCAGCAGAUGCGGCACCCGCACAUCAUCGGGUUAUCAAAAGGAAAAAUCCCCCCUCCCCAUAUCAAAAUGGAAAUUUGUGAUGCUGAUUUGUGGCCACAAAUCAUCUUUGUCUUGCAUAUAGGGUAAUAGGAGCCAUGUGGCGCAUUCCAAAGCCAAUCUGUCAUGCGCUUUCGGCUACUGCAAACCUGUGCUCCAUGCGUAAUUGCUAGCCUUCUGCAUACCCACACAGGCUCAGAAAUUGCCGCCAAGCACUUUCUGCAAGACAAACCUGAUUUGUGUACUCAAAUCCAGCAUCAGAAACUUCGUUUUGAUAUGGGGUGGGGGGAUAUUUCCUCACAAUACGGGUACAUCGAAAGUUUCUCGCUCACCUUCAAUUUGAACAUUUUGGUCAUCGUGAUGGAGUACGCCCCGCACGGCGAUCUGCGGAAGUUGAUAAAGUCCUGCGCGAAGAAGAAGGAGCAGCUGGAGGAGGUGGUGAUCAUGCGCUGGUUCACGCAGCUGCUGCACGCGCUGAACUACAUCCACCGACAGAAGAUUCUGCACCGCGACCUGAAAACCUCGAACAUAUUCCUGGACGGCAGCAACAGCCCGGCGCUGGCCGGGGUUGUCGAUAACGCGGCCACGCCGCCGUUGCAGGACUACAACGUGAAGCUGGGGGACUUCGGGAUUUCCCGGGUGCUGGACGGGACGCGCGAGGCGGCGGUCACGGUGGUGGGCACGCCCUACUACAUGUCGCCCGAGGUGUGCCGGAGCGAGCCCUACAACUGGAAGUCGGACGUGUGGGCGCUGGGGUGCGUGCUGUAUCCCAGAGAAAACAGCUGGUAGGGCAUAUUUGUAAUGCAAAAACAAAUACACAGAAAAACUCGCCAUGGGUGGCCCCAUAGCAUGCUGUUUCGGAUAUGCAAUGCAGAUUUUUCAGUGUAUUUAUUUUUGCAUUACAAACAUGCCCUGCCAGCUUUUUUCUGUGUGAUAUGCUGUACGAGCUGUGUAUGUUGAAGCACGCCUUCGAGUCCUCCUCCCUGCUCGGGUUGGUGUACAAAAUCGUCUCCGAGCACUACGACCCCAUCCCAGAUCAGUACAGCACGCGCUUGAUGGACCUGAUCAAGCGACUCCUGACCAAAUCUGCGGAGGCGCGGCCGGAAACCACGGAAAUAUUACUGGACCCCUACGUGAGCGUAUCCAAGAAAAAAACGCUGUUAGUGUAAAUUUGUGAUGCGCAACAUGCAAGAUGAUUGCGUCUGUCAUGCUUGGCAUGCGUCGUAGGGUCCAUUAAAGGGCGUUUUCACGUACUAUCUGCGCAUGGCAGGUUUUUGCUGUCAUGCCAGACAAAUUUCUAAUGCUGUUCCUCCAAAAAAGUUACACCUACAAUGUUUUUUUCUUGGAUAGAGCGAGACCGCGGAGAGGCUGCAACUGCCGCCGGACAACGACCCGUUCAUCUCCCUGAGUCCCGUUCGCGGAAAACCAAAAUCCGAGGCGGCAAUAAAGUGCAGAAAUGUCUUUUUUGUGUUUGAUGCCAGUUUGUUUUGAAAUAGGUGCAGCUUCUGUGUCGAGAUUUCCCGGCGGCUGCCAGAGGAGGUCUGCACACAGCCACAGCGCUAUGUUUGCUGUAUUCUAGCGGUAGGUGGAGCGACGAUCGGUCGACGCACACAAUGACUUGACGCAAGAAAAUUUUUUUUCCGCAGACCGCCGCCUCCCCCACCGGGUGCAAAACCACUGUCAGUCUCAGCACCACCGGGUCCGCCGCCGCCCGGUUCCAAGAGGCCGGGCCCCCCACCACCCCCGCCCUCGUCGCCACCUGUCCAGGUUGCGCGGCCUAGCACUACGGCGCUGCAGAUCCCGGCGGAGAAUCAAGAGCUAUUCGAGGUGUUGAUGGCCAGGAUACGGGCGAUAUUGGUGACCCGCAAGUCUAACUGGAUCUCCACGUUCGCCUCCUUCGACAAGAAGGGCGACGGCAUUUUCCAGACCCCGGAGUUCGUGCAGGCCCUGCAGGCGCUCAACUGCGCCCUCUCCAGCCCGGAGAUCAACUUUCUGGUAGCCUGUUUCGCAUCCGGGGCGGCCAGCACAAUGGCCGACGCCAAUGCACCCGGCGGGGCUGCAGGAAGUGGGUACGUGGAUUGCUUUCGUUUCAGGAGUAGUACGAAGUGAGAGCUCGAUAACAACCGAACUGAGAUGUUAGACGUUUUUGCUGGAUGUGAAUGAAUUUUGUGAACAGCCAUUGAUUGCCCCGAAAAAACUAUACCCACAGGAUUCCCCUGUUUCACUUCGCAGAGCAGCUAAACACCGCUCCGGGUCCCCUCGCGAAGCGGGUGGAUGCUUCGGUCCGGGAUCUGUUUGACCCAGAAAAAUUGCAAAUGCUGUUUGAGAGGUGCACGGCCGCAGACCCGGAGCGUCGCGGCGUAGUGACGGCCGACGCGUUCAAAAUAUCCAUCGCGCACACCCUGCAAGAUCAGAACAACGAGGUACGUACUUGUACAACAAUCUGGGUGCCGUGCAAAGUGACGGUAGGGUUUACUGUAGUGAGGCUCACACUGUUUAAGCCACCAGUUUCCGCAUCUGCAGGAGGUCGUGAGUUGCACAAUGAAUUAGUACCUUUUCCAAAAAAUUACACGCAGCGGAAUGUGAUGCUGGCGUUGAUGUCGAGCGAGAAAAACCUGGUGGGGGACGUGGACUACCGGGACUUCGUGCAGGUGUUCCAAACGAAGGUGGAGUGUUACCCCUUCACGUCCACCGCGCUGCAGGCACAGCAGAGCUUGAACUUCACGAAUUCCACGCCCGGCGGAAGCCCGGGGACAAACGCCAACAACCACACGCAGUUUUUCACGUGCCGCGGCGCGCCGCCACUCGCCCCGCUCGGGAUCCCCGUGCCGCCCGGGGGCGGGGGGCCGAGCAGCAUAAAUCCGCAGAGCACGGUGAACAGCCGCUCGGGCAGCAUCUCGAAACUGGGGAAGCCCCCCGAAACGCCGUUUCGCGCGAUGACAGCGGAGAACCUGCGGGUGAUUUGGGCGCGGCUGAAAAAGAAGUUCGUGCACUGUACGCUGAAGGACGUGUGGCAGGUGUACUUCCAGCAGAACCAGAACGUAAACCCCUACGCCUUCAUCGACUUGUGCAGCGACAUUCCCUUUGGGGUGUCCCGGGCCGAGCUGCACCAGUGUUGCGCCAUGCUGGUCAGCGAGGAGAGCGGGGGACAGGUGAACAUCGACGAAUUCGAAACGCACCUCUUGAUGGCAGACGAAACCAUACUCAACGCCGUGCCGAGCUGGGGCAAGGUAUCUAUAGAGAAGUCGUCUGUACUUGGUUGCUGCGUCAGUACUAGUUCUAGUUCACGACUCGAAUGGAGACGCUGGCAGCAUUACGGCACAAAAAUGCUUCUCCAAGCGGUAUAGCGAAAGCAAACGACGUACACUGUGUUUGAGUCGACUCUUCAGGUGAUGCAAGAUCUGCUGCAAGACCCGGAGCCACUGUUUCGAGACAAAAGCCCGACGACAAAAAACAAAUCCACUGUGCCAGAGUCGGACUUUCGGGCCAAGCUUUGCCAGAUCGAUUAUCCAAGUUUGAAAUGCGCAGCAGCAACAUCUGUCAUCUGUUUGCGGAGGGACCUCUACAUGAAGCAGAGCGCACUGUUCAUGCAAUCUGUGCGUCGAGCAUUGUCGUGUGCCGGAUGAAUUACAUUCUGCGCCGCGUGGUUGUAAAUAAUGCAGGUCGGAAAUAAAAUAGUCGUAUACCAGUCAGCGAUCUGCGAGAAGAGAACUGCUAUGGCAUUUCCGCUCCAUAUUCCCCAGGGACUGACAAGCCAUCAGGUGGACUUUUUGAUUUCGCUGGUCGACAAGACAUCAGAAGGUGACAUUCAGAUUCACCCCAGGAGAGCGACGGACAAAUUGCAGCAGCCGGUAGACCUGACGCCGGAGCACUACAACCUGGUGUGUCGGCGGCUGGUGGUGAAGUUGCGCAAUUGCGCCCUGGACGUGCCGAAACUGACCAAGAUCCUGCUGAACUUUUGGAGCAUACCGGAGUGGAGCAAGUGUCUGUCCAUGCUGCUACCGCUCUACCUCUCGGAGGCAGAGGCCACAGGGCUGAUGGUUCGACUCCUAGAAGGACAGUACGAGGUCGACCAGUGGGCUGCAGAGGUACAUAAUGUGCAAGUCUAUAUUGUUGUUUCGAUGAUGCGCCGGUGUGUUAAAUUCGACUGCUUCAUCAUUCCUGCAUAAUUUCUUCGUUGUGACCGCAAAUUGUACAACAUGCUGAAAUACCAGGUUCAACAAGUCGGGGAAGCGGAGACGGUUGGAUUGCAAGUGGACAAGAAAGUAGCGGAGCUGCUGCACAAACGGCUGACUGAGCCAAUUUUUAUCCAAAGCGGCCGCAAGGCAAAUGUUUGCAAUUCGUGAGCCGAAUUAUGUGAUGAUAUGCACACAGCCGCUUUUACUCACUUACUUUUUUGGAACCGGGUCUGCGACGACGAAGGCAUUUAUGUCAACAUGUACGAUUCUGGCAGUGCAAACCCAGCGGUUCAGGGAAGCCCCAGAGCUUUUACGCUGGCUCCGAAUCCGCGCGUCCCCUUCCAACGCGCUAGGUAAAUCAUAAAGUAAGUAACUCAUGUGACGAGAGCGAACUGCAAAUGUUAUCAAUUUUCUCGUCGACACCUUCUGGCGAGGAGUUUUUAGCGCUCCUUCAGCAGGAGUUCCCACUGGAAUACGCACAGAAACUGUACUCCGCAGCGGACAAAUCAGUCAAUGGGUUCGUCCUCGCUUCGUCAUGGUUGGCCGAUGAGGGGCUAUUCAAUGGAAAUUUGGAUGCGCACUCGGCGUUACCGGAGAUUUAUUUUGUCGUUGUAAAAGGAAAAGCAAACAUUCAUGAUCAUGCCUGCUUAAAGUCCUUGCUAUUACAGACAAACGCUGUGCACUAUGAGGUCGGUCAGUUGCGCAGAUGUUUUCUGGGCGGCACUAGGAAAAAAAUACUACACGACUCGAGAAGAUACGGGAGAGAGCAGGGCUGUUAUCGAAGGAGCAAAAAAAGUUACACUAAGAGGGCGGGUUGAGUGCGCAUCUAUUUGCCCGGGAUAUCCUAUCGUCAGCGUGAAGGAAGCAAAGGCGCUGAAGAAAAAACGCAGCUUCUUGAGCCGGAUGUUCAAGUAAUGCCGCUAGCAGCACACUAGACGCGGCCGCGGGCGCAAGAGGAAGGACAACCAGAAAUGCAGACCACCGGGAGCGCCGGCCGCGAUACCAUUCGACAAUUUUUUCAAAGGCAGACAGUGUUUUGGUUCUGCUCGAACCUCUUAUAUGAAACGAGAAGAAAAACGAUGCGUAUGCCAAAAAGGUUGAGUGAGCUGUAUCUAAACCUUUAAAUUUAAAAACCACUACCGGCGAUUCUUAAUGUCAAUCACAAAAUACCAAAACGAGUUCUGUACAAAGCGGCGUGUUACAAUCCACGGAUCUGCUACUUCGGAGUGUGAACAUCAAAUCAAAAUUAGAAUUAGUUUAAUUUUCUGGCGUUCGAAGAGCGGAAGGAAAUGAAAACGUGUAAAAUUAUGGAACCUAUAAUGUAUGAACAUCUCCGCGAGAACAACUUCUGUCAAGAAAACUACUAUCAUCGUAGUUAGACGUUAAUGUACCGGUCAAAUGCCGUAGAAAUACUGGACUGUAAAUGAUGUCAAAAAUUGGUGUUUACGUAUGCUACUAUUAUGUAUCAGCGCACCCACUCGAGCAAAGCGCCCCGAAAAGCCUGCGGUCUUGCUCGAUGGCCGAAAAAGCACUGCAAGUGACGCUGGCCAACGUCGGUUCGAAUUGUGCAGCACCUUGUCGCUGCUUGUGUUCACGUCUUUGGGAAUUUAUUUGGAACCUCGUUUUAAAUUUAAAACAAGAUGCGCUUCGUGUCGUGCCGAUUUAGAUUUCUUUUCCUGAAAAGCGAGCGACUCCGAGCGAUUUGUACUAUGGCACCCUCUAUGUCUAUCCCCUCACAUGAGAGUAGCAUAAAAAAAUGUUAUAUAGCUCAGUAGCUCCACCCCGGUUUCACUUUCAUCGUGAACGAACAGGAGGAGAAGACUGCUAGCUUUGUCCGACGACAGGAGCCACUGCUGCGAACGCGGGCACGGUCUCCAGGAAGUUUAGCGAGUUUUGAGGGACCUCAGAAACCGCAGGGUUUUAAGAUUGCACGGAGAGACA